AUGGCUCGUCUAACAUUAUCAAUUCUGACCUCGCUCGUCAUCUAUUUCACCUAUCAGAAUUUGGUCAGUGAAGCACUCUCAACCAGUGGAAUCAGCAGCAGUAGUAACUCAAAAUCUACCAGAAGUGCGGAUACGUUAGAGAAUCUUCUAAGUCAAGACGAGGGACCGAACAAAUUCCAGGGUAGCUGGUACAAGAAUGCUUACAAUCAAAGAUUUGCCGGGCCGGGAGCUCCAGGGCACAUCGGAACGUACACCAUACUUCGACGAUCCUCAGCAUUGGGGACUGGUUCGAAGCUCCCGUUGGCAUACCUGGCCGAUAUUAGCUUCAUCGAUGACGAAGACGUGGAAAAGCGAUUCGACGACUAUGGCCACAUGCGAUUCGGAAAACGUGGCGGCGGUGGUGAAGGUGAGCAGUUCGACGAUUACGGACACAUGCGAUUCGGAAGACGACGGUAAAUCAUCGUAGUUCUGGUACCAGGGUGUUAGACGCGUUGCCUCGUUCUCUCGACCUAAUUGUGCAACUCUUUGCUGCGGCUGGUGACUUCUCUUCGUUUGGGUUUGAUAGGUGCAAAAUGUGCAAAUUACUGAAAAUAAAAUUUAAGCCAAAUACAACAAGUGUGGAUACAUCUGAAUAAAAUGUGCUGAACCAGAUUUCAAUGGAUGUGUUU